UUGGAUUGAAACAGAAUGCAACAUAAUUUGAAUGAGUUACGCAUAGAACUUGAUUUUAAACAUUUUAGGUAACGAGAUUCGCUAAAUCCAUCACGUUUAAAUGUAACACACUAAAGCUGAACAAAAAAAUUAUCGCUGGAUAAUUUAGUCAAAAAUAUAAAAUUUGCGUAUUUUGGCCAUCUAGCAGCCGAAAAGCUAAACACCGACUUUGUGUAGCGGGUUUCUAACCUGCAAAUUCAAAGAAGCUCGAAUAAGCGCUUUUGUCAGUCGUAUAAACACCAGUUGCCGUAAUCGCUGAUACUUACAAAGAAAUGAGUUUCGGAGCUGAUCCUUCAAAGGCCCAGGGAGGCUCGACGUUGGGUACAGCUUUGAACUUCGGAGUUCCAACGCCAAGUUUCAAUUUGGGCACAAAUACCACGGCUACAACGUCCGCUCAAGGAGCGUCCCUCGGAGGCGGUUUUGGACUGGCUUCCACCGCUACGACAACCUCAGUCACGACGACUGGCACGGGAUUCAACUUGGGAGCUCCAACGACAACAGGAUCUGGCUUCAGCAUGACUAGUUCUACUCCAGCUACAACUCCUUCGUUCAAUUUGGGCAGUUCCACGACUACAACAUCCAGUGGAUUUAAUCUAGGAGGUAACAGCUCAUCCUCUGCUGCUACAUUCAAUCUGGGCAGCACUGCGGCUACCACUGCUACAGGACUAACAUUGGGAAAGACAACUACUGCGCCAACUUCCACUACUGCAGCUGCUGCCAGCAGUCAGCCACAGACUUCUCUGGGCCCUACAACGACAGUCAGUACUUCAUCAGCGAGUAAACCUUCAGGUGGUAUAAAUUUUUGUCAGUUGGAAGAAUCCAUCAACAAGUGGACCCUUGAAUUGGAAGAGCAAGAGAAAGUGUUUGUCAAUCAAGCCACACAAAUCAAUGCCUGGGAUAGGUUACUCAUAGCAAAUGGAGAAAAAAUUGUAACUCUCAAUCAAGAAGUAGAAAGGGUCAAAUUAGAACAGCAACAACUUGAACAUGAACUUGAUUACGUUAUUGGGCAACAAAAAGAAUUGCAAGACUGCUUGGUGCCACUAGAAAAAGAAUUAGCCUUAUUGUCUGUCACAGAUCCAGAACGCGAGUAUACAUAUCGUUUAGCCGAAAAUAUUGAUACACAAUUGAAACAAAUGUCAGAGGAUCUAAAGGAGAUCAUAGAGCAUCUGAAUGAGGCAAAUCGAGCACAAGAUUCUAGUGAUCCAAUUGUUCAAAUAGUCAAGAUUCUCAAUGCACACAUGAACAGUCUUCAGUGGCUUGUGCAGAGAACAAAUCUCUUGAAUCAAAAGAUUCAACAAAUUGAUCAUAUGCAUCAGAGCUUUAGACAAGAAAACGAAAGGAGUUUCAGUUUGGCUUAUAAUUAAUUAAAUUUUUGUUUAUUCAUUACUGUACUUGUCAUUUAUAUACGUUUAAUGAUAAAACAACUAGUUUUUUCUAUGCAGGUUGAGAUCAUUAUUUAACUAAUGCACAUAGAAAGAGGAAGAUUGUAAAAAGUUGAAAAUCAUUUACUGUAGAUUUGAUUUUAAUUUUUUCAACAAAACUAGAAUUUUAUUUCAAUUUUAAUUAAUUUAAUCUUGAAAUCAAGUAUAGUCUAUUUUGUAAUAAGAAUUAAUAAAAAUUUUUAUAUAAAUCAAAA